GAAUAUAAGAAGUCAGUGUGAAAAGAAACUUGAAGCUGAGCAUCAAAAUCUGUGCAGAUAGAAACAGAAACAGGUUCCUGUUUGAGACUGAAACAAGCUGAACUGAUAUAUCAUAAACACUCAAUCAGUUAAUUAUUCUUCAUGAAAUGUAAAUAUUACAUUUAGUGUCUGAAUUAUUCUUUAGUUUCCGUCCCAAAUGCCACCUACUCAGAUUUGGGGACAACUCUCUCAGUACUGAGUCUGUAGAAACCAUCUAGAGCUUAAAACCUUUAAAGUGUAUUAAAAAUUGAUCAUUGAGCUCUGUUUAAUCAUGUUAAUCCGUUGCUUCCAUUAUCCUCUCCAGGAUCCAGACUUCCAGCUCCUUAUGGCUGUAUAUGAUGAGAACAUCCUGAAGAAUCCUUUCUACUUGGCGUUGGAGAAGCAGCGACCGGACCUCUGCAGCCGAGUGGCAGAGCUCCACGGCAUUGUUCUGGUGCCCUGUUGUGGAAGUUUGACCGUCAGCAGCUACUCAGACUCUCAGUUCGACAGCUAUGUUCUGCAGCCUGCAGAGGACGGAUACCAGACUGCGGAUGGAAAGGAGGUCAGGAUCCAGGACAGGCAGGUCCUGCUGGGAUCCGGCUUCCCGGCCCUGGCAUCGGUCCCAAUCCUGUUUGAGGAAACCUUCUACAACGACCAGGAGCAGAGCUACAGCAUCCUGUGCAUCUCCAGGCCCGUCGAGGUGGACCCGAGCCCGGCCGAGCUCAGCCCGCCGCCCCCCUACUGCCUGAAGAGCCUGGAGGACGUCAGGGAGUUCCUGGGCCGCCACGCCCAGAAACUGGACAAGUUCAUCCAGGGCUUCUGUCAGGCCUUCAAAGAGCAGGAGAGGAAGGGACUCCGACACCACAUAGACUCGGUGAACGGUCUUUACACUAAAUGUCUUCAGUGUCUGCUGAGAGACUCUCGCCUGAAACUUCUGGCGAAGCAGGAGCUUCAGAUGACUCUUCUCAAACAGGCAGUAGAGUCAGCAUAGAGGCUGUGAGUGCGGACGACCUGCUGUCUGUCAUCCUCUAUCUGCUGGUGAAGACUGAAAUCCCUAACUGGAUGGCCAACCUGAGCUACAUCAGGAACUUCUGCUUCAGCCACUCCAGUAAAGAUGAGCUCAGCUACUGUCUGAGCACCUUCGAGGCAGCGGUGGAGUACAUCAACCUGGGGAAGCUGCAGAACACCGGCUCAGGUGAGCUGAAUGACAAGGCGUUGUUCAAAGAGAGGAUGAGUCUUCUGUCUCAGAGCGCUGCCACGCCCAUCAACUGUCUGUUUGAGCACAUAGCGAAUGGAAACGAAGUGGAGGUGGAAUGUCUGCUGAGUGAAGGAGAGAGAGACGAGGACGUCAGGAUGUGUCAUCCCCUCUGCUCCUGUGACCUCUGUGACCUUCAGCUGUCUGGCCGGUUGAACGACCCGUCCAUCGUCACACCGUUCUCCAGAGACGACCGAGGUUACACCCCGCUGCACGUCGCUUCGAUCUGCGGCUCCUCCGUCUCCAGCACCUCCUCUCUGGGCUCCGAGGCCAAACCGGAGGGAGAACGGGUGCGACACAGAGAGGUGGAGAAGCUGCUGCGUGCUGUGGCAGACGGUGAUGUGGAGAUGGUGCGUUACCUGCUGGAGUGGAUGGACGAGGAAGAGGAGGAUGAAGGAGAGCUUCGGUCCGAGGCUCUGCUGUGCCACCCGCUGUGUCAGUGUCCGAACUGCGCUCCCACUCAGAAGCUGUCCGUCCUGCAGGCCGGAGCGCUCGGCGUGAACAGCUGUAACGUCGACGGUUUCACGCCGCUCCACGUCGCCGCCCUGCACGGCCACGCCGCACUGGCCGCCCUGCUGAUCCGCCACGGAGCCAACGUGAACGCCCGCACCAACCAGAGCGCCACGCCGCUCCACCUGGCCUGCCAGAACAGCCACGUCCAGGUGGUGAGGUUUCUGCUCGAGUGCAACGCCAAACUGAACAAGAAGGAUCACUAUGGCAACACACCUCUGAUACAGACCUGUCUCUGUGGGAACCUGGAGACCGCCACCAUCCUGUUACAGAGCAACGCGUUGGUGAACGUGGUGAACCUCCAGGGGAACACGGCGCUCCACGAGGCGGUGCGAGGCGGACACCAGGCGCUGGUGGAGCUGCUGCUGAGGGGCGGAGCCUCGCCCGGCCUCAGGAACAAGAGGCAGAGGACGCCGCUGGACUGCGCCUACGAACUGGGCGGAAAGAACACGGAGAUCCUGAGAGCUCUGCAGAAAGCGUCUGGACUUUCUCCCGAUGCCGAGCCAAUCAAACUCCUGUCGGUGCCCAAAGGAGCUCUGGCUCAUUCGUUCGUGCAGCGUCUGAGGCUGCAGGAUCACACCAACGGCAGGAGGCAGAAACUGGCCCAGUCCAUCAGCAGGAUUCAGCAGAUAAAGAAAGGCUCCUCUGGUCCUCCACCCAGGUGUUCAACCCAGAACCAGGUGAAUCCCGACAGGAGGAGGUUGCGGCGGGUGAGACCGGUGGAGGUCAAGCAGCCCCUUCAAGCAAGCCUCGACGCCGGGCCCCGACUGAGAGAGCGGCCCCUGGGUCGCUGUCACACUCUGGACUCUGGAGAGCAAAUGCCGGAGCGGCCUGAGCCCGAGUACACGGCCGAGCGCGCUCUGCGAGAGAGUGAUCAGACAGAGGUCGCACACAAAACAGCUGAGAGCACGGACCACGACACCAGUGAGACGCACUCCACUGAGGACUGCAGCACCGGGAGCGACACGCCACCGUCCUCGCCCUCGUGCAUCACCUUUGAGCGACAACGCCGAGUACUCGGCUUCACACGACCCCGACAGCCAGAGCGCGCUGAACGGACAGAGAUCGAGCGUCUGAAGAACGAGAAGCCGACGUGGGAGCGUCAGACUCGCUGGGCCGGGCUGAGGUCGGUGUUUGGGGGUCAGCCGUCCCUGAUGUGGAUCAGCCCCUUUGCUGGACUCAGACUGCCGACCUUUCUCCCCAAACGCACCUGGAGGGGCGGGGCAGAGUUCUCCGUCUGA